AUGGUAGAUACAUAUGAAAUGGCCGCCAUUGCGACAGUCUUCUUGAAACGUGUGGCGCUUUUCCCCAGGAGGCUGGUCGUAAUAAUAGAGAGGUCAACUUGCCAGAGGCCUAGGGAUGGGGUUGCGCCGUCCCAGGAAAAGGAAAGAGACCAGAAACAGCCGGUCCGCACCUGCAGCAGAAGCGCACCUUCUUCUCCACGAUCUAAGCCUAAGCCUAUUUUUCGCUUCCAUACCCCGUACAACCUCUUUAUCUCUGUACCACCUGAGGUCGGGACUUUGAGUGUUAGCCAGUCGGUCGCAAUGACAUCCGACCAAAAAAGGGAUGUUUUCUGGAAACACCUAGGCUUCUUUAAUUUCCGAGCUCGCGGGUCACCAACACCCCAUUGUCUUAGAAUGAUACAGUUCGUCCGUAGUGAUGGUCACCAACCGUCGCGAGUCCCCGUCACACUAAUCGUGGAACCGUGGAAUUCGGCAAGCAAGCAGGAUAUGGUAUGGCAUCCCGACAUGGAACAUAGGUUCUUCCACGAACGGCCUUUUAACAUUGGUACAUUGCAAUUCUCGUCGAAAGCCUUAUUUGCUGCCUCAUCUAUCAUACCAUCCAAGGUUACGAAACCCCAUUUGUAUCCGAGGCAAGCAAAACCGCGCAUCAUGUUUCCGAUCGUGAGAUGGGGGUAA